UGCAUACGUAAGUAAAGCUUAAAGGCGACCUAGUGUGGACGUUUCGAGUCGAAGUCGAUGAUGAAGAAUGGUUUGGCACGACAUAGAGUGGACUAUUACAGUGCUCCUCGGCGUGUCUGUGGUGGUUGGCCCAAUGUUCGGCAGUGAGGUGGCGGUGUUGAUGCUAUUUGGUCUGGCUCUCCUCAACCUGCUCGUCCUGCUCGUGUUCGCCUCGCUCUACAUCUCCCGGGAUCUCUCCUUCACCAUCAGCGAGUUCCUCUUCUUCGUUCUGUGGUAUCCUAUCUCCUCCCUGUCCAGCCUGCCCUUCGACACGCUUAUUGACGGGCCCCAGCAGGAACAGGUCCGGCCCCCGAACCUCCACUGCGGAGUGUCCGUGUCCAUACGACAGGCCCUCUUCAUCCUGUCUCUGUUCGGACUCCACAAUGACCACGUGGUCCUGCUGUCGGUAUCGUGGUUCAUAGGCUUCCGACUGUUCCUGUCUUCUUUGGCGCACUCAGUGACUGUGUACGAAGAUCGAGCUUCAGGAAGUAAUGUCCCUCACUCUGAUCAACUGGGCAUGCGUCCGAGGAAUCUUCCCUUUAUUGCAGCCGAGUUGAUGUUCGCUAUAUUUUCGCUAGGGUUUUAUUACCGUUUGUAUUCGUUCUUUGAAAUCGCUGCAGCCAUGACGUACUUCAUCGUCUCGGACAAAAGACUCCAGAGGUUUAUUACAAAACAGAUGGCGCAGUGUCAGCUUGACUUCUUGGAAGGUCUCGAGAUUAACUAUUUUCUCGGCGUACUGAUUCUAAUCGACUGCGCGUUGUGCUGUGUGCUCUUCGCAUGCGCCAUGCGACGGGGGGACUACCUCAGCGUUAUCCUUAGUUACUCGAACGGUUUUAUCUCGCUGUUGGAGUUCCGCACGCGGGUCUGGAAAAGGAUCCAAACGGAACAGCAGACUCUGGAGGACUCGAGGCGAGCAUCAGCCGGCGAACUGGCCGAUCACAACGACAUCUGCCCGGUGUGCCUGUGCGUCAUGACGUCGGCGCGUGUGACGCGGUGUGGACACAUGUUUCACGGCAAGUGUCUCAGGCUGUCCCUCCACGCCAGCCCAGCGUGCCCGGUAUGUAAGGAGAAGCUGCCGGAAAGAAAAUCCGCUUCGGCUUUGCUUCUUUCAAACAUGACCUAGAUUGGCCGCGUUGUGGACAGUUGGUGAUGACUAUAAAAUGGCAAAUUUUGUUACUUGUAUUUCUUUUGAAUUCGGAUAUGCCUGUGUGUUUAUCUUUUGUGUUUGUGUGUAUAUGUUUUGUGCGUAUGUUUUAUGUGUACGUGUGUGUGUGUGUGUGUGUGUGUGUGUGUGUGUGUGUGUGUUCGCAGGUUGUAAACAGGAUGUGUGUGUGUGUGUGUGUGUGUGUGUGUGUGUGAUUGCACGAAUCUGGGUGUCCGUUUUCUUGCGCGAUCAAACGCACAUAUGUAUUUCUAUCUC